CGGCCAAGCCAUGGCUCUCAUCCAUUCUCCUAUCCACAAUCUCCUUGCUGAGGCCUGAACAGCCUGAAUCCACCUCUAUCCUUCACUCCCCACUUGCCAGGCACGGUUGUGUUCUGUCCAGGCCUCUCACAGCAGAGGACCAUUGCCCCACUACUCCCUGAUCGUUCUCCUGCUACCGCUUACGAAUUAGUUAUUGCAAUCGCAUCCUUAAUUUAGCCGAAGCUUCGCCCCGCAUUGCUUUCUCCGUGACUGCUGCUCCAUUUAUCCGUCAUCUGCUGACCGCCUUCGGUUCAUGGCGUCGCUGUUCAAGCCGGGAUGCUCGGAGGCGUAUCGAGCUGUGUUUUCAGACGACACGCCGGAGUCGUGGUGCUGGCUAGGCUACGAGGGCAACUCGCUCGUCCCGCUGGGGACAGGCACCGGCGACGUCAACGAAAUGGUUGCAAAGUGCGAGGACAAUAACAUUCUGUACGGGCUGCUCCGGCUGGUGAAGAUGGACGACGGCGGCGACUCCAAGCGCGUGAAGUUCGUGUUCAUCACGUGGGUCGGCGAGAGCGCGUCGCCGCUGAAGAAGGGCAAAGUGGCGCUCCACAAGAAGGACUGCGCGACUUUGUUCCAGGGCUUCCACAUUGAGAAGCAGCUGUACGAGCGGGAGGCGCUGGCGGGGCUGGAGAAGGAUAUCGACGACUCGCUCAAGAGGGCGGGUGGGGCCAACUACGACAUGGGCAACAUCCGCAUGGGCGUGCAGGCCGGCAACUCCGACAGCUACAAGUCCGCGUCAAAGAAGUUUUUCGAGAAGAAGGAAGCGGAGACGAAUAUCACGAGCAUAGUGUACAACAAGGGGCCCCUGCAGAAGGGUAUCACGGCAUGUGACCUCGGUGGCCGGCAAUUUGUGGCCUCACAUGCUGAUGCCAAGAAGAACAUCAAGGGCUAUGAAAGCCCACUCAGGGGCAGCCCAUCCAGUGCGAAAGGAUAGUGAAUUCAACCACUGCUCUGACAUCGAGGGUUUGUUUUGGGCGAAUAAUUUAUUGGUUAGGUAGAGCACGUCUUUGGCGUCCUCAUAACGAAAAAAGGGUGUGGGGUUAUGCAAGACACUGAUUUUUGUACUCUUCGCUUGUUGAGUGAUAUUGACCAAUAUGGACGUAC